AUGGCUUAUAGCAGUAAGUCCACAGAUCAGAUUUGCUUGCAUUUACAGAAGAGGGCGAACUGGUGUUACUGAAGUUAAAGUCAACUUUUCUGUGAGUCCAGUCUUCACCAUCUUGUAGGUACAGGAAGACUCAUACUUGGCUUUCAGCUAAAAGUUGAUCUUUUCUUUCAACACAUCAGUUUCAGUUUUUCCCACUUAAGCCAAUGAUACAUAACACAAAACUCCACUUGUUGGAGCGAAACCUGUGGGUGUGAUUUUGGCAAGAUAAGAGGACAUUAAGAGGUAGCUGACAGGUGAGACUUGGAACAUAGCAAAAAACUCAACAGAGCUGAAAAGGGGCAACAAACAAUAUAAAGCAGUGGGAUUGUGGGCAAUGCUUUAUUGCAGUUCAAACCCUGUCUGCUGUUGUGUAACAAGAAGAUUAAUGGCAGCUUUUCAGUCAUCUUCAAUGUAUGUUCCUCCAGGACUCCUGCUGCUGCUGCUGAUAGGAGUGAUUUCCUCAAAUCUACCUGGACUCCAGGCUAGACCUAUUGACUUCUGGUGCAACCGUGAGGCCAGGAAAAGUAUGACGAAAACUGUUGAAGGGCUGAAGAAAGACAUGGUAAGGAAAUAUGCUUUCAAACAACUCAAUUCGACUUGACUCAACUUUAUUUGUAAAGCACUUUAAAACAACCACAGCUGAACAAAGUGCUGUACAUAAAUAGAAAAAAACAACACAGACAUAAAAAAACAAUCAAAAAACAGUUAAAACAAUGGAUAAAAUAAAAGCAGAUAUUAAAAACAUAGAAACAGGGUUGAAAGCCAAUGAAUAAAAAUGGGUUUUAAGAUGAGUUUUAAAAAUGGACAGUGUGGGGGCUUGUCUGAUUUGGAGGGGUAGCUCGUUCCAUAAUUUUGGGGCCGCAACAGAAAGAUUUAUCCACUCUGAACAAAUAACAUUUCAAUAUAUCUUGAGAUGCUGAUUGUUAUCAACAACUCCAGUUUUAAAGAGCACCAACCCUUGACAUGUAAAAGCGCUCUUCUUGAAUUCUUCUUCUUGAAAGUGAUUUUUUUGUCAGUGCAUGUUUGUGACCUUGUUCAUGUACUCAGGCUGACUGCGUGGGAUCUCAUGAGCUGCCCUCCCCUCUGCAGCUACCAUGCCUUUGGGUACAACCAGCUGAAUGGGUAAACAAAACUGUGAGUAAUACCUAAUCUCAACCAAAUCACGUACACACCUGCUGUAGCCGUAAAGGGUGUAAGUGCACUACUUAUCUACUACAACAGGAAAUUGUGCAACUAGAGAUGCCGCUUUGAUUGGUGCUAAAGUGCUAAAACCUGUGAAAGGGAAACACAUCAUGUGACAUUUUUCCUCGAGUUCUGAACUUUUUUAUCUCAGAUCGUAAUCAGUACUGGUGAAACUUGUGACACCUCUACACCUUUGAUACUUUUUACUCUGUACUUUUAAUGCUUAGGUUUAGGUCAAAUGAUUACAAUUAAUAAGUGUUGGCUUAAAGCUGGUGUGAGGCCUUCAUAUUCCCUCCAACUGAAAGUUAAAUACAUCACUAAUUGUGAAUGUUUUCUGUUGGAAAUGUAUAAAAAGUACACCAUAUCUUGUCUGGUCUGAAACCUACCCUCAACGGCAGUUUCAGGGACUAAAAGUAUGAUAUAGAAAUAACGAAUCUUAUCCCUGAUGAUCUUGUUUGCUUUUGUGGGUCCUGGAAAAGCAUCAGUCCCAAUUUUAGUCUGUUUCACAACCGAUUAAAAACUCUCCACAGUGGCUUUAAUGACAUAUACAUAACAAUUCAGUUAUUCUUCUUCUCCUUCAAAAUGAUGAAAAUUUUAAUCAUAGUACCUUGCAUUAAUAUUCAUUAUAAUGGUGUGACUGGUGAAAGUGGCAUGCUUUUGUCAGCAUUUUGCUCAAGUAGUCCAUGAUGGCUGUGACUGAUGACCCAGACUAGUAUCAUGAAAUCUCUGUUUGUUUUUCAAGCUUCAGCAGAAGCAUGCAGAGGUGCACAGCGCCCUCCAUGUGUUUCAAGACGGAGUCCAUGGGGCAAGGAGUCAGUCCACGCUACAAUGUCAGACCUCGCUACUAGAGAGACUCGAACGUCAUAUUACCAAUUAUGUGGGUCUUGUUGACAGUCUCCCAAUGCAGGUGAUUCCCAUGAACAUGAAUCCAUCAAAAUAUGAUAAAGAUAAAUAACAUGAUGAGGAUUUCUAUUUUACCAAUAGAAAUGAUUAUGUGACAAUGUGACAUUUAACUCAUAGACAUAAAAUUGAUAAUACUUCUUCUGUCUCACACUUUAUAUUUGCUGCUACAAUAGUCAGUUUCAGUGUCAAACAAGUAAAGUAACUUAGGGAAGUACCGUCAGUGUUAGUUCUCUGACAACAGCUGACUCAUAUGAGGAGCUUGAAGUUGACAUCAUACUUGUUGAUCAGUCUGUUUUAGUCUGCUUUAAGAUUACAGAGCUGGCAACGUACAAAGGUACAGUGUCCCUGUUUUUUAAAUAUCAAACUCAUUAUCCUUUUUUGACCUUUGCAGACUGAAAUGGGGUCUCAUUUAGUACAGAACUUUACCAACGAAACCACACUGGACGCAGUGCUAGACAAGUAUAGGACUUUACUCAAGGGAAAACUGGAGCGUUUUGCUCGGGAUCUAAAAGACAACAUUUGCAACGAGCAUGACACAGUAAUCACCUGA